UAAUUGUUAAGUUCUUUUAGCGAGUUUUAGUUUUCUAGAAGGUAAAUAAUCCGUUAAAAUCUAUUUUAUAGUGUUAAAAUUGUGAGGAUAAACAACGUAAUUGUGAUCUUUAAUGAUUUUGUGACUGUGAACCAAAAGCAGAAAAAAUGCCUGAACUAACAGAAUUAGACAAAGCUACAGCUUCCAUGACUGAGAAGAGGAAGGAAGAGACAGCCUCUUCAGACAGUGAUUCUGAUGAUUCCAUUCCAGAAUUGGAAGAUGCAGGUGCACCAGGAGCUGGAGGCAUCACUAACCCCAUUGCAGGCAUUGAUAUUGUCUCUAAAGCAAAGCAAACUCGUGGGGAAAAGAAAGCUAGAAAGAUUAUGAGCAAGUUGGGACUCAAGCCUGUACAAGGAGUAAACAGAGUAACAAUAAGGAAGUCCAAGAACAUUCUUUUUGUUAUCAACUCACCAGAUGUAUACAAAAACCCUCACUCUGACACAUACAUAGUAUUUGGAGAGGCCAAGAUUGAAGAUCUUUCACAACAGGCAACUAUGGCUGCUGCUGAACGCUUUAAGGCACCUGAAACUACAACAGCUGGAAAUGAUACUGCUACUGCUGGAACGACGGUUGCACCAAUAGCUGAAGAAGAAGAUGAAGAUGGUGUAGAUGAAACUGGUGUCGAUGAGAAGGAUGUAGAAAUAGUCAUGUCCCAAGCCAAUGUGUCUCGAGCUAAAGCAGUUCGGGCACUUCGGAACAAUCAAUCAGAUAUUGUCAAUGCUAUUAUGGAGCUGACAAUGUAAGAGGGAUAGUCACAAGGUUACUUUAUGUUCCUAGUUUUAAGUCUUACAAUGAUUAAUGCUAAAUUUAAAGUGUCUAAAUCUGAAACCACAUCCAAAAAUAUAUUAUAAACAGUUAAUAUCCAAAAUGUUUUGGAUAGGUCAUGGGAAUGUAAAUAGCAUUCAAAAUAAAUAAUAUGUACUAUAAUAUUA